AUGUUGCAAUUGAAGAUUCCCAGAGGAGAUCUCAGGGUUUAUAACUGUGUUGCUCCCGGACGGAAUGCGGAUCCGGAGCUUCAAUCAGAAAGGCCGUCAAAAGCGUGCGGGCCGAAAAUGUUGGAAACAUUUAACAGCGCCCGGAGGAUCUGCUAUUUGAUCAUUGCCAUCAUUGGUUUGCCCGUGAAUUUGGUGGCGAUCGCUAUCCUGUCCCGGGGAAAGUGCGGCCUCUCCAGCUGCACCACUCGCUACUUGGUUGUCAUGGCAGCAGCGGACAUGCUGGCUGUCGUCACCGCCGUCAUACUCAUGCGAAUCAGCUAUUACUUUCCCGGAUCAUACCUGGACAGGUAUCCCACCUGUAACAUUAACUUUUUCCUGAUGUGCGCGGCCAGGGACUGUUCCGUCUGGUUCACCGUCGCAUUCAGCUUCGACCGCUUUGUCCUCAUUUGUUGCCAGAAGCUGAAAACAAAAUACUGCACCUUGAAAACUGCGGCGGCGGUUCUGGCGAUAACCGGCGUCCUGCUGUGUCUGAAAAAACGUCCCCUUCUAUUUCUCUUCCGAACCCAAAUUUAUCAUUGA